AUGUGGGAAGAGAAGGCCCUCAGUUCUCAUGCCACACAGGUUGCAGUACCUGUGCGGCAGGCUCGAGAGUGGUGGCCAUGGUGGUUACUACUGCCAGGAUGUUUUGCAUCUUGGACAAAGUAUGUCGAGGAAUACGACUCGAUCAGAGUUGCAAGAUGCGAUGCACGUUGCGGGGAUAAUCAUCCGGACGAGUGUAUGGAAAAUUGUUUAUCAUCAAAUUACACGAAACCUGGUUACUGUCCUGAAAGUGCUUUCAUGUCACCCUUCGAAGCUGUUUGUUUGAUUGCUUGUGACAGUGAUUCACGUUGUCCUGAUUUAACAAAAUGUUGUUCACAUGAUUGUGGUGUCACCUGUAUGCAUCCUGUCGGUUUGGAUAAUAUAACAGAUUUACCACCAAUUCCACAAAAUCUUCAGAUAAGACAACAAAAGAGUAAUCUAAUACAUUUGACAUGGCGAAAUAUUGGACAAGUUUAUCCCAACUUGUCUGUUAAUAAUGACGUCAGAUAUUUAGUAGAGGAACGUCAUCUACUCGGACCACGUUAUUUAGAAUCAAGAUUGAGUUCUUGGACGGUUCGGCACGUUUCUACGAAACCUCACGCUACUCUACGUGGUAGAUUAAAAACCGGUCAUUGGUAUCAAUUUCGCGUUGCUGCUAUCAAUGGGAAUGGUUCUAAAGGUUAUUCUCAACCCUCCAGACCUUUCAAGACGAAAGAACCACGGAAUCCAAAAGAACCACAGAACCUAACCCUGUCAGGUGCACGUUUGGUGGGUGGCAAGUUAAGAAUCAACCUUCGAUGGAUUAAACCAACAUCGGAUGUUCCUAUAACAUUUUACAAAGUCUUUUGGAGUAGACGAAUUCAUAGUCCAACCAAUGAUUCUGUAUUGGUUUUUCAUAGGACUGUUAGAAAGGAUAAAACUUGUUACGAGUUGAAGAACUUAGAACCAAAGUGCCAAUACUUUCUUCAAGUUCAAGCAGUCGCUUUGUAUGGUGGUAGACGUUUGGCAUCCAGAAAAGCUUCGAAAGUUUUCAACGCUACGGAUUAUAUGGCUUUUGCCGACGUCGGGAGACGUUCUCGCAGGUGCGAAAGGUAUCAAGGAGGUCUUCACGUAAGAAAAAUGAUUUGUCAUUGCGGUGAUGUUAAGGUACGUUUGGUAUGGCCGAUGAAUCAAGAUGCAAAAAUGUAUAACGUCAGUUGGAAAGAAGAAUCAUGUUCGUCGAUUUACGACGAUACAUUUGAAACCAAAAAAAAAUUACUAUGGAAAGCUAUUCAGACUCCUCACUAUGAUCUACGUCAUCUUAAACAAGAUUGCACUUACACCGUAAACGUAAAAAAUUUAUACAACACUAAUAAAAUAGACGAGCAUGGUACAAGCAUAGAAUUUUUUGCAACUGGAUGUCAACAGGAUCGUGAUGAAAAAAGAUGGAAAUAUUCAAGUAAUAAAGGUGCACAAUGUAAAAAAAAAUCAUCCAAAGGUAAAAAGUAUUCUUCCAUCGAUGACAAUGAUAACUCAGAUUAA